ACAAACUUACAUUGGCCCAAGGAGUCCAAUAUUUUGACCAUUUUUCUGCUCCUACAGUCUCCGAAGACAUACCAUAUCUUGAUUUCAGAACGACUGAACUGUGAAACGACUCGCAGCGAGCGGUGUCAUGGGAAAACGAAAUCAUCCGGGGUCGACAGUGGAUGAGGGAUCACGAGCCAAGCGACGGAAAGACCAGCCGUCAUCUUCAGACGUCGAUGUAACCAUGUCGGAUCCAGUAAAUCCCAUUUCUGAGGGUGAAGUGGCCAGCGAAGAUGAGGUCAGAGAGCAAGGAAUGAAGAUAUGGCAGACGGUGAAGGACGCAGUCAACAAAGACGGCAGAUCUCUAUCUACCCUCUUUCUUACCAAACCCCUCAAGCGUCAGUACCCCGACUACUUCGACCUGAUCAAGCAGCCAAUUGCUCUCGACGAUAUCAAGAAAAAGCUCAAUUCUCAUGCCUAUCCUAAUCUUGAGGCCGUGAAGCUCGAUUUCGACUUGUGUUUCACGAACGCAAAAAGCUAUAAUCACCCUGACAGCAUAAUCUGGCAGGAUGCAAAGGACUUGCAAAAACUUGCUGGCAAGACGUACAAGGAACUGGCCAGGGUGGAAGUUGGCGAAGAUGGCAAGAAGAAAAGUAAACCUCCUAGUCUGAAUCGUAUGGCAAAGUCAAGGCUCGAGAAGCUUAUCAGCAAGACUGACGAUACUGGUCGAACCAUAUCGGCUGAAUUCAUGGAGUUGCCUUCCAAGAAAGACUGGCCAAUCUAUUAUAAGGAAAUCAAACACCCCCAGUGUCUAGAGAAUAUAUUUAAACGUAUCAAACGCAAGGAAUAUGCCGCCGCGGAUGAUUUUGCCAACGAUGUGGAACUGGUCUUUUCAAAUGCCUUGGCUUUCAAUCAAGAACAUACCCUCAUAUGGGAGGAUGCUCUUACUCUUCGAAACGAAUUCCGUCGACUGAUGUCAGACUUGCCCUUUCCCUUUACGCUCGAGAGGUACUCCAAGCCCACGACCAAUACGAUCAAGAUCAAGGUACCUGCAGCUGCGUCGAAUUCUUCAGGGUCUAAGGUUACUACAUCGCAACUUUCUCUGCGGGCACCGGUGCCAGAACCUACACUACCACACACUUCUACUAUAGCUGUACGUGCUCCACCUGCGAAGAACACCCCGCAACCCUCUCCUCCUCAGCCACCCCCGAAACCUGUUGCUCCGGCAGUCACUGCACGAGCUGCUGCGCCAACACCCGCUCCGCCACCACUAGCCCCAGUAGUGACUCCUACAUCAUCGGGACAUGUACCUUCGUCCUCAUUGACUCCUCAACCUCAGCCUACACCUACUGUGCCGCCAGCUAACACAAAUAUCACCUUCUUGCAAUACUCCAAACCAAUUAAUCCGACAAAGCUCAAUACGGCCAUUUCUCAAGCGCCGGCGUUAUCACCGACACCUCAAGUCGCCGUCGUUUCUCAAACAGCCCAAGUACAUUCAAUGUCCAACUCGCCCGCUCCAGUGAAUUACGCUCAUCAAUUGCGUCUCAUUCUAAUAAAGACAAUACCUCGCGGGAGGCAAUUUAAUCUGGAUUACCGAGAAGGCGUAAGGAGCUGGUCAGUGCGGUUAGGACCAGAAGAUAAGAGUCUCCGUGUUGAGGAGGUUAUAUUUAUGGGUGACGAAGAAGAGAGCAGUGGCGGGGAAGAGGAAGUGGAUGAUGACAAUGCCAUGGAUGUAGAUGCUCCAAUGAAGAAUGGAAAGAAGAAAAUCAAGCGGGGGCGAGGUCGACCGCCGAAAGUCCCGAAGGGCGGCGGGGUAAAAGUCAAACCCGUGCGCCUGACGAAAAAGAAGCCUAAGCUUGGAGAGAUACAAGUGAAAAUCAAUGGGUCGGUCGUUCAGGAGCUGGAGGAACACAGCAACAAGUGGCUUGUAGAUGUGCCUCUCGGGAGCAGUACGCUGGAAUUAGGCGAGAAGGGAGGUCUGAUAUGGAAAGUGUACACUCAGAGGGUAGCUUAAUCGUGUAUGUGCAUUGUACCUACCAGUAGUUCCUAGUAAUUGUCUGUGCGCACUUGUAUUUUAGGGGUACAUAUUUUUUGGUCUUGAACACAUCCUUCGGUUCUACAACAGAUUAUUACUAUUAGCAACUGAUUAGCUACAGGAGUUCACAAGUUAUUUUAACAGUAAUCUAUCACACACAUCACUGCUGUUCUCUGUUAUCUGUCCGAAGGGAUUGUCCAAUUGGUAUAUCGUCAU